AUGAGCACUGCAAAUAUCACCUGGGUCAUCAGCGGCGCAAACCGAGGCAUCGGCCUCGGGCUCGUCAAGCGCCUUCUCUCACGGCCGUCCACCACAGUCAUUGCCACGGUGAGAAACAAUGAAACCGCAUCCAACCUCACCGCCGACGCAAAGAACAUUCCAAUGAAACCAGGAAACCAACUCUAUAUCAUCCCACUCGAUUUCUCCGCUGCCAUACCCCCAGAGACAAUCCGCGACGCAUUUACCGCCACCGUGCCCUCGCUCGACCAUAUCGAUGUGCUUAUUUGCAACGCAGGUUUCUCGACCCCCAUGAGCCUUACCACUGAGACGAGCGCUGAAGCGCUCCGGGCGUGCUUUGAGGUUAAUACUAUCGCACCUCUCAUGCUCUUCCAGGCACUUUGGCCGUUGUUGCAGAAAUCCCCUCGUGCGUCGAAGUUCAUCUCAAUCUCCUCGUCCGUUGGGUCCAUUGGCGGCCAGGAGCCUGUUCCCGGCGGCGCGUAUGGGCCUAGUAAAGCAUCCAUAAACUGGUUGACUAGGUCGCUUCAUAUCCAGAAUGAGGGACUCAUCGCGGUUGCACUUCACCCUGGUUGGGUGCAAACCAAUAUGGGCGAUUUUGCUGCGAAGGAGUGGAACUAUGCUCCUGGCGCUCCGGAGACGGUUGAAAAUAGUGUUACUGGUGUGCUUGAGGUUGUUGAUGGUGCUACAAGGGAGGCGGCUUCGGGCAAGUUUCUCUCGUAUACCGGCCAGGAAUUGCCAUGGUGA